UUUGUCUCCCUCUAUCGUUAUUUGUAUUUGGCGAAAUGUCUGCAGCUCGGGCCUGGGAAGCGGCGUGUGCAGCGACGCCAUUUGCUGUGCGCUCAGGCCGGCGCCAGCCCUGGGGAUGCUGCGGGCCUGACCUCCAUUUUACUCUCGCUUUUCUCAGUCUGCCCCGCUAGUGGAGGGGCUGUGCGCGGAUUACUUCGCUGCCAUACUCGGCGGUUCCCGCGCCAUCACUUCUCCCGCACAAUGCUGACUUGUGGACAACCACGCCCGCGGUCUCCCCGAGCCCCUGUCUGGACGAAGAUGCUGAGGGCGGGAGAAGCUUCGCAGCUGUGUUCGUCAAAAUGGAAGGAGAGAUGGCAGAAGCCAUUGUUGAAGAUUCGGAGUCCUUCAUGAAAAGAAAAGAAACAAAGACUUAUCAGAGGCGAAGAGAGGGUGGGGCAGAUGAAGAUGGUUGUGUCAUGGUGCAGAGUCAGACAGAUGUGAAUGAUGUGUCCAGUGAUGUUAAUAGCAAUGUUCAGAUGGUUAUGAUGGAGCAGCUUGAUUCUACUAUACUUCAGAUGAAAACUGAAGUCAUGGAAGGUGUAGUUCCUCAAGAAGGUGAUUCUUCAGUGGAUGACACACAGAUUAUAACAUUGCAAGUCGUUAAUAUGGAGGAACAGCCAAUAAAUUUAGGAGAACUCCAGCUUGUUCAGGUCCCAGUAGCUGUUCCUGUUGCAGCUACUUCUGUGGGCGAGCUUCAUGCAGCAUAUGACAAUGAAGUGGCAAAAGAAGGUCUGACUGAAGGUGAACCCAUGAUUUGCCACACCCUGCCUCUUCCAGAGGGUUUCCAAGUUGUUAAGGUUGGUGCAAAUGGUGAAGUAGAAACAUUAGAACAAGCAGAACUUCAAUCACAAGAAGAGUCAACAUGGCAGAAGGAUCCAGAUUAUGCACCACCCAUCAAAAAAACUAAGAAAAUAAAGAAAAGUAAACUGCGCUACACAGAAGAAGGGAAGGAUGUUGAUGUUUCAGUUUAUGACUUUGAAGAGGAACAGCAGGAAGGAUUGCUCUCUGAAGUUAAUGCUGAAAAGGUUGUUGGGAAUAUAAAGCCUCCUAAACCAACAAAAAUUAAAAAGAAAGGUGUCAAGAAGACUUUCCAGUGUGAGCUUUGUAGUUACACAUGUCCUAGACGUUCAAAUCUUGAUCGUCAUAUGAAAAGUCAUACUGAUGAACGACCUCACAAAUGCCACCUAUGUGGUCGAGCAUUUAGAACAGUUACCUUGCUUAGGAACCAUCUCAAUACCCAUACAGGUACUAGGCCUCAUAAGUGCCCAGAUUGUGACAUGGCCUUUGUGACAAGUGGUGAAUUGGUCAGACAUCGCCGUUACAAACAUACUCAUGAGAAACCUUUUAAAUGUUCCAUGUGUGAUUAUGCCAGUGUUGAGGUAAGCAAGUUGAAGAGACAUAUCCGUUCUCACACUGGAGAGAGGCCUUUUCAGUGCAGUUUAUGCAGUUAUGCUAGUAGAGACACCUACAAACUGAAACGACAUAUGAGAACUCAUUCAGGUGAAAAGCCAUAUGAAUGCUAUAUUUGCCAUGCACGCUUUACUCAAAGUGGUACAAUGAAAAUGCAUAUAUUACAGAAGCACACUGAGAAUGUUGCUAAAUUUCACUGUCCCCACUGUGAUACAGUUAUUGCAAGGAAAAGCGAUUUGGGUGUGCAUUUACGGAAGCAGCAUUCCUUCAUUGAGCAAGGCAAGAAGUGCCGCUACUGUGAUACGGUCUUCCAUGAGCGUUAUGCCCUCAUACAGCACCAGAAGUCUCACAAGAAUGAAAAAAGAUUCAAAUGUGACCAGUGUGAAUAUGCUUGCAGACAGGAACGUCACAUGAUAAUGCACAAACGUACCCAUACUGGAGAGAAACCAUAUGCAUGCAGCCAUUGCGACAAAACGUUCCGUCAGAAGCAGCUUCUGGACAUGCAUUUCAAGAGAUAUCAUGAUCCUAGCUUUGUUCCUGCUGCAUUUGUGUGUUCAAAGUGUGGAAAAACCUUUACGCGAAGGAAUACAAUGUCAAGGCAUGCAGAUAAUUGCACUGGCCCUGAUGGUACAGAUGGCGAAAAUGGUGGGGAAGCUGAGGCAAUACAUAAGAAAGUAAAACGUGGACGCAAGAGAAAGAUGCGCUCCAAAAAGGAAGGGUCCACUGAUAGUGAGGAUAAUGCAGAUCCAGACUUGGAUGAUGAAGAUGACGAAGAGGAGGAAGAUGAACUUCCAGUUGAAAUAAUAGAUCAUGAAGCAGAACAGUCACUAACUUCACUAUCCCCUCCUGCUAAGAAACGCAGAGGAAGGCCACCCGGAAAGACUAAUCAGCUGAAACAAACUGCUACAGUUAUUCAAGUGGAGGAUCAAAGUACAGGAGAAAUUGAAAACAUCAUAGUACAAGUGAAGAAAGAAACUGACAUGGAAGCAGAAGUAGUAAUAGAUGCUCCACCAACUGUUCCUACAAUUGAAGCACCAAAUGGAGAUCUCAGUACUCCAGAGAUGAUAUUUAGCCUGAUGGACCGGUGAUGAAUAAAGGAUCUUUUGGCUUCUGAUUGAACUGGCAGGGGCUGUGUUUAAAUGGCUCAUUUCUAUUUUAUGGGAAAUGUUUUAUUUUUGUUUCUCUUUUUGUUAAUUUAGCUUUCAGUAAAUUUUAAGGACUUUUACUGAACCGGUUAGGCGGAAAGGUGGUAAUACACUUUGUCUGUCUAAGGAUGUGGUCUUCAGUAUAUAAAAAAAAAAGUGAAGUCAUGGACGCCUAGAAGUUGUACGUAGUGUUGGUGGCAUUUUAGAGAUUUCACUAAAAGAAAAGUGACUACUUUCUUAGUUGCUUAUUUUUACGUUUUGGCAUUGAGAUCUCAAGCAAGGGUCUUACCCAAUUUAAAAACGGAUUAACUUGUUCUUUUAGCAAAUUCUUUCAUUUUUUUAAAUGGUAUUAGGCAUAUGUAAAAAGAUAAAUGUCAAAUGCAGAUGGACUGGCUAUAAAAUCAGCUAUUACUUUUGUGUAAAUUGUUUUAUUUGCAUUAGUGAAAAUUGAAUCCUGAUGAGGCCUACAUUUUUAUUGUAAAAAUUAUGGCAUAAAACAGAUUAUUCCCAGAAGUACAACUGAUUGCUACACAUGGAUGUCCAUCAUUAGUAUAUAUAGCAUGCUUAAAUGUAUUUGAUUUUCUUUUUCAGAAUAUGGCUUUGUUGUGCAACACUUGAUUCUGUAAAUAACUUUUUUACAUUUAAUCUUUUUCUAUUAAGAAAUUUCAAUAACUGUGGCAAGAUGUAGUCAGUCAUUUUAAUUGCUGACUUGGGAAGAAUGAAUAUACAUAAAUGUCCUUGGAUGAUAAAAUUUGCAAAUCUUGAACCAAAAGCUACAUGUUGGCUGUUUUUUUUCCCCUCCGAUCUCCAUACUGUCCAUGACCAUAAAUUAAAUUAUGCAUAAAACAUAUUGACACUAUAUAUAUAUAUAUAUAUAUAUAUAUAUAUAUAUAUAUAUAUAUAUAUAUAUACAAUUAUAUACACAUAUACACACACACACUCAUAUUAAGUGAAACUCCAUUCCGUUUGCCUGUAAUUUAAUUUUCCCUAAAUGUUCUCUUUUUCAACAACUUUCAGUUUAGAUUUUGUAAAGUCCGUUCUUGUGGAUUUUCUUCAUUUUAUAACCUUCUGUCCUGUGAUAUUUUCAUUUUAAGAGGCCAACAUUGUUUCAUUGUUAAAAUAUUGUGAUGGGCAAAAAAAUAGGGGUUUUCCAAUGCGAAUGUACUACUGUACAGCUAAUAAAUAAUGUAGGAUUA